AUGGAUUCCGAAGUCGAACCGCCGCAGAAAAAGAAGAUAACAAAUUCAUCAUCUCUGUCGUUUUUGUCACUUCCUGAUGAAAUCGUUAUAAACUGCUUAGCCCAAAUACCGAAAUCGUACUACCCGAGACUCUCCCUAGUCUGCAAGAGCUUCUGCUCUUUCGUCUUAUCCUGGGAGCUCUACGUGGAGCGGAUGCACGUUCGAACACAUGAAAACGUCCUUCACGUCUGCUUACAGUUACCCAAUCUUUGUCUUCCCUCAUGGUUUAGUCUCUGGAUAAAACCUGAUCAAACCCUAACCAACGACAUAGGGAAGAAGAAAAAGUCCAUCGGAAAUGCUUUGUUGGUGCCAAUGCCUUCUUCGUAUUCUCCUCGUGUACCAAUGUUCAUCGGUGAGAUUGGUUCACAGUUAUACGCGAUCAGCAAGGAUAAUGCUCCGUCCUCUUUCAUGUGGGUUUGUGAUAAGAGUACUAUUUACGCCUGGCGUAAAGCCCCUAGCAUGACGGUAGCUCGAGCCAACGUUGUUGCGUGUGUCCUCGAUGAAAAAAUAUACGUAAUGGGAGGUUGUUCAGCACAUGAAUCCACGUAUUGGGGUGAGGUUUUUGACCCAAAAACGCAAACUUGGGAACCUUUACCUGACCCUGGGGUUGAGCUACGCUUAUCUUCAAUCAAAUAUAUGGAGGUGGUGGAAGGAAAGAUUUACGUUAAGAACAGCCAUACGAGGGACUAUGUUUAUGAUCCUAAAGAAGACAAAUGGGACGUUGAAAGAGCAUUCGUGAUGAUUGAGAGAAAGUGUGAGAUAAAAAAUGUAUGGUACCGUUGUGGUAGACGUCAAAGUUGCUCGUGGUAUGACACAAAGCAUGAACAAUGGAAAGUUAUCAAGGGUUUGGCUACAUUGAAUCGGUAUUGUCGUUCUGGUUUUCUUGAAAUAGCUAACUAUGGUGACAAACUCUUAAUUUUGUGGGACAUAUUUGCGAAGCCUCGUCUUCAAAACAAGAAUAUUUGGUGUGCCGUGAUUGCACUUGAAAGACGCAUCGAUGGUGAAGUUUGGGGAAAGGUUGAGUGGGCUAGCAUUGUGCGUACGGUUCCUAGUUCGUAUGUUUUUUUGCGUAGUGAAGUGAGAUCGGUUUGA